GAGCAACAAGGCUGCGAAUAGUCAAGCUGCAGCUGAGCCAGAGCCCAAGCCGGUUGCCAAGCGCCGGCGCCUGACCCGCCGAGAUAUGCAGCAAAACAUGCAGACCGCGGGUCCAAGCUCAGUAAAGAUAGAACUUGCUGGUGGUGUGAAGGUCAAGAAGGAGAAAGGUGCUGAGCAGGAAGUCAGUUUUGAAAGCCAAGAUAAGGGAGAGAUGGAGCUGGAUGAUUUUUGGCUGCGGGUGAAGGGCGAGAUCAAGGAAGAGAUAGAACAAGAGGAACAAGAGGAACACGCCUGCAAGUCCUCAAGUUUGGAUGAUCUUACCCCCGAGGAGAUCAUGAUGAAAGAGGAGAUGGAAGAAGAGCCCAAGCACGAUGAAGCUUUUGAAAGCUUGCAAAGCCAGUCCGACCACUCUGAAGUUGCAACGCAGGAGAGGGAAAUUGAGAAGAGCAACAAGGCUGCGAAUAGUCAAGCUGCAGCUGAGCCAGAGCCCAAGCCGGUUGCCAAGCGCCGGCGCCUGACCCGCCGAGAUAUGCAGCAAACCAUGCGGCCGGGGGGUCCAAGCUCAGCAAAGAUAGAACUUGCUGAUGGUGUGAAGGUCAAGAAGGAGAAAAGUGCUGAGCAGGAAAUCGGUUUUGAAAGACAGGAUAAAGAGAAGAUGGAGCUGGAUGAUCUUUGGCUCAAGGUUCACAAGAAAGUCAAUGAGCAGUCGUUGAUGACAUUUGCAGCUGCAAACUCCGCAGCAGGACAUGCUCCAAAACCACCGGAAAGCGAGUCAGGCACUAGCCAAGUGCAGACAUCUACCCAGCAACAGCUGGAACCAAAUGCAUCGAAAGCAGACGAGGAUUCGGCCAAUUCCGAAGGGAGCUCCUUGGAUUCAUUCGCUUCACACGCAGCGACCUGGGCGAAGCAGUGCUUGGCUUUUCGGAGUUCCAAGACUUGGAGUCCCACCAGGCCUUGUUGCCCUGCAAACGUCUUCUUGGGCUCCGCGAACGGAACACCAUCUCCGCCACCUGCAGAUGCACCAGCAUGCGUGCUGCGUCUCACUGGACAUGGCUUGCGGUGCUUGCAGCGCUUUCACGAAAAGCAGGGCUUGCACAGCAUGACGUUCCAGAGUCAGGCAGAGGCAUCUCAGAUGCCCCGGGACAUGUUGCCACAAGAGCCCCCACUAGAUUGCGACUUGAGCAUGCAGGACUACAAGGUCCGCGGCCUGGAUUGCAUGAAGAUGUGGCCUUGGAUGAGGGAUCUGCCCACUUCUGUUUGGGCCGGUCGUGGUUGGGCUUUUGAUGAGAACGGGCUCCGACGGCUCUCAUCCUCAGGCGGCAGCCAUGCCAUGGAAGGCGUGGAAGUCUUCGAAUCUGUAGGUCUUGCAGCAGAGGAGGUGAAACCUUCAGACGAAAAGAUCGAAGAAGAAGCCCCAAUCGCAGUGGCCGCUGCAGAGAAUCCACUACCAACUUGUGGGGAGCAGAAACCAAAUAAAUUCACGAGAAACAAUGUGGCGAAGCAAAGCGGCGUGCCGAAUGUUGGAUGGAAGAACACCAUGCAAUCUUGGUGCGUUUGCUUUUAUGAACAAGAUGCCAAAGGCAAAAAGAUUCGCAGAACAAGUCGGCGGUUUUCCCUGAAACACUUCAUGGGCCCCGGCAUCUCCGAGGCUCAGGCCGACGCAGCAGCUCUCCAGGCCGCCAAGGCCUUCCAUGCAGAGCUGGUGGAGAAGGGCAUCCUCAGCGAGCCCAAGCAGAAGGAUCCCAACUUCACCAGCGAAGUGCCGGGGGUGAGGUGGAAGAAGCUGCAGCGAAAGUGGCAGGUAUUGAUCCGACAAAAAGGGCAGAGCACCAUUUCUGGCGGCUCCUUCACCGAGAAGGCUGCGGCCGAGGCCAAGGCCUUGGAGCUCUCGGAGAAGCACGGCCUGCAGCGCCGGGUGAAGCCCGUGGCCACCCUGGCAAACAGAUACGCCGGACUGCCGGUGUUCCACCCCAAGGUGCCACACCCGGGGGUUUAUUGGAACCAGGGAGAGCAGCAGUGGCAUGCAUGUUGCAAUGUUGGCGGUGCUCAGCGAAAUUUCAGGGUGAGGCCCAAGGACCACUCGGAGGCGGAGCUGGAGCGCUCCUUCCAAGUGGCUGUGGCAUGGAGGAAGAAGCAGGAGAAGGAGAAGGAGAAGGAAGGGAAGGCUGUGAAGUCCAAGGUGAAGCCCAGGAGGAAGCAGCGAAAGUGAGUGCAAAAGACACGGAUGCCAAGACGCAUGGCUCAGUUUCCGACGCUGCGUCCGUACAGUCAAUCCUCACUUCACAUGAUGCGCAGG